UUUUACUCUUACCAUAUAUUAUAAAGAUUGAUCAACAUGUAACAGUUAUCAUAUUUUAGCUAAGAAGAUACAGGGAAUCUGGGGAAUUUCAAGAACUUGAGAGUUGAAGGCAUCUUUCCUAACUUUUCAGUUUCAAAGAUGUUCUUCAAGCAUUUACUCGUUGUAUCGAUUCUAUCGUUAUGUUUUGUCGUGAAACAACUAUAUGUAGAUGCUAAGCUGCCUCAAUCUGAGGUUGAUGUUCUGAAUCAAAUUGUGAAAACAAUGGGGGGCUACUAACUGGACUUUUGAUGCUGACACUGCCUGUGAAAUCCAUGAAAAAUCGCCUGUCACAGAAGUAACCAAGAACAUCAGUUGCAUCCUGGGUCCCGAUGGCAGUACCCACCGCAUUUCAGUAAUAGAAUUCAAACGUUGCGACCUUUCUGGAAUUCUUCCGGCUGAACUAAACCAACUUCCCAAUAUCUCUAAAGUAGCGGAAACAUUCUGAAUUAACUUACCAAAAAAAAACAUUCUGAAUUAGGCCAAUGUAGUUGUCCGUAAGCAGUGAUUUCGCCUACAACUACCUGAAUGGUUCGAUACCAGUCGAACAGGCUUUGAUGCAAUUAAAUUUUAUCUCUGUCUCUGGGAACCGAUUAUCAGGCAAUAUUCCAAACCAUCUGGGGGACAUCACCAGUCUAACUUACUUGGACAUCGAAGCAAACCAAUUCUCAGGAACAGUACCCACUCAGCUUGGGAAGCUAGUUAACCUGGAAAUUUUGAAGCUUUCCUCCAAUAGAUUGACUGGAAAUUUACCAAAUGAAAUUUCUCAGCCGACAAAUAUGACAGACUUUAGGAUCAAUGAUAACAAUUUCAAUGGAAGCAUACCAGAAUUUAUGCAAAACUGGAGGCAAUGUGAGAGAUUGGAAAUUCUAGGUAGUGGACUGAAAGGACCCAUUCCAUCAUCCAUCUCCCUUUUGGAAAAUCUACAACAAUUAAAGAUUAGUGACAUAGAUGGAACAAAUCAAGCUUUUCCUGAUCUUCGAAAGAAUACCCGCCUUAGACGGUUGAGAAAUACCGAAAUACAUCUGGGGAAUGAAUAAUCUGAGAGUUCUGGACCUCAGCUUUAACAAGUUAACCGGGGAACUUCCCAAUGUUAAUAUCCCUGGG